AUGGGAGGCAAAAAAGGUGAUGCGAAACCAGCCAAGAAAGGUGGUGGAAGGGAAUCGCCCUCCAAGGCUGACCCCAAGAACAAAAAUGAGAAGAAAGGGGGAAAAGGUAAAGAAAAAGAUGAGAAAAAGAAAGAUGCCAAGAAAGCGAAGAAAGAAAUAGCAAGUGAAGAGGAAGAGGAGGAAGAAGUGUCAGAGACAGAAAAGGGUAAAAGCGAAGAAAACAAAAAUGAAGAAGAAGAAGAAGAUGAAGAUAUUGCACCAGUGCCUAGAGGUAGGAGAGGGAGAGAAAAAGGUGUAGCAGCCCUAAAGGGGGCUUCUAAAGCGGUGGCUGGUAUGAACAAAGGUAGAGGUAAAAGUGAUCCAGUACAAGAACCAGAAGUCUCUAAAGCAAAGGGACAAAAAAGAGAUUUAGCAAGAGCUCAACUGAAAGGAGCAACCAAGGCCAUGGCUGGACUGGCCAAAAAAACAGCAGCUCCUCCUCCGAGGAAAAAGAGUCUGAAGGCGACAUCAAAACUUUUCAUGAAAUUCAGCAAUCUAAAACCAAAGAGAUCAAAAAAAGGUCACUUCAAGACAGCAUCAAAACUAUUUAUGGGCUUGAGAAGAAAGUUUGCUGCUUCAUCUCUACUAGAUAAGAAGAAGAAGUCAGCUGCAAUGUUGAAAAAAACAUCCAAGCUUAUGGUUGGUUUACGGAAAAGCUCAAAGAAACCAUUGCCAAAAGAUAAAGGACCUAGCGACGAUGGAUCAAGACAAAAGCCUUCGUUUUUACUUAUACGAUUAGGAGGUAAUGCUCCAAAACCUGACCCACUAGAAAAGAAAGGACCCGGGAAACUGUUUGGGGGUUUAUUUGGCCGAAAAAAAGCAAAAGCUAAAUUCAAACCGAAAGCUAAAUUGCUUUCUAAAGUAUCCACAGCUGCCAACUGGUUGACCAGAAGAUUUCUGUCCAAAAGGAAUAGAUAUUUUCAGAAUGAGUUUGCCAUACAAGAUGCUUGGCUUAGUAGGAUGGGAGCACACAAGCUCCCAUUCCCUUCACAGGAGGAACUUGAAAGACAUAGGGAAAAUAUGAAACGGUUUCCAGGUGAACACAGAUUCUAUGGCCAAUAUGAAGAUGUUUAUGGACAUCCUAAGAACUUUGAAGCCUAUCGACACCAAAGAUUCCCAACGCAAAGAUAUUUACAAAAUGGGCCUGGAAGACAUGAUGAUGCGUCCGUUGGCUAUUACAACUACGAGGACGAAGGGUAUGAUUUUGAUGAAAAUGGAUAUUACAAUGAGGAUGAGGAAUUUCCAUUUGCACAUAAUGGUCAAUUUCCAGCAUAUGCUGGAGCAGAUGAAGAGUAUAAUGAUUAUUCUGGGUACCCUAUGGAAGAUGACUACACUUCAUAUCAAGAGAGUAUGGAGUAUUGUGAUGAAGGCAGCCAUCUGCUUAAGAGUCAAAACUCGCAUUUUCAAUAUGAGGUAGAUGUCCAUAAUCCCCACAAUGUAUAUUCAACAUACGGUUAUGAUGGGAAUCAGAUGAGUUACUCUCAGGAUCCAAGGAAUCCAUAUGAUCCACGGGAAAAUGAGAGUGAGUCAUUUGGUAAUUUUGAAGGACACCCUCCUUAUUCUGACAUGGAAGAAUCAGAUGACUACAAUAACUACCCGGGUGCAAUGAACCACACUGACUACAUGAUAUCUCCAUAUGCAGAGCCAUUAAACCCAUACGCUCAACCUAUGGAUGAUAUCAUAGACCAUGAUGAUCCAGAAGAAAUGGAACAAAGUCAUCAUCGAUAUUAUGAAUCUGAAGACCAGCUAGAAGAACACUCUUCAACUUUAUCCCAAAAUAGAAAAUAUAAACUGUUCCCAAGACCACAAGUGAAACUUUUUGGGCGAGAGAAAUUAGAUGUUCCACUACCUCCAUCUCCACGUAUAUCGUUUACAGAUUUUGAUUAUGAAGAAGAUCAAGAUGGUGAAGACGAACCUUUACUUUCACCACAACAGCCUAGAAAUACAAGACCACUUGUUGGUAAAUCUCUUUUCGCAAAAUCAAUUCAAAGGAAUUUAAGCCAGCCACAUCCAAGAGGAGUGCAAAAGAUGCUCUCUACAAAACCAAUUGGAAAAAAAGUAAAUACAUCCCAUUAUCAAGACAAUUACCAGGAGUCUGAGUUGCAAGAGUACUCCCCAAGAGCAUUCGGUAGCCCUUUGGGACAAUUUAUGAAAAAGUCCCUUUUCCCUAAGCCAAUCUUAAAACGUAACGAGCAGCAGUUUCAAAGACGGACACUUUCUCCACCACCGAGGAAUCCCUUCGCAGAGACAUCAUUUGAAAGGUCACAGUCUCCUGUUCCUUUCCUAAAACGUGCUCAAAUGCCAUCUCCUAAUAAUGACCAUCGGAUGGGCAAAAACCACUCAGCACAACAAUUAGAGUCCUUGCAGAAAGAUUUGGCAGAUGAGCAGAAUUCCACUUUACCAUACCAUAAACGAUUCGGCCAUAAACUGGCCGAUGCAACCCAUGAGGAGCCCCCAAAACGCUGGGCCAAGCCAGGAGCAGGACGAGAAUGGGGCCCAAGAUAUGACGCAACUGGAAUUCUAGAGGCGACACCGCUGCUGGAAUCAUUUGGAAAUGCCAAAACAGUCCGGAACGACAAUUCCAGCCGGUUUGGAAAAUUUGUGGAAAUUUAUCUGGAGGAAGGUGUCAUUUGUGGUGCCAUAACAUCCCAAUACCUGCUUGAGAAAUCAAGAAUCGUAUUUCAGGCCAAAAAUGAGAGGAAUUACCACAUUUUCUAUGAGAUGUUGGCUGGUCUCCCCUCUCAACAGAAGCAGGCGUUCUACCUUCAGGAUGCUGAAACCUAUUACUACCUAAAUCAGGGAGGUAACUGUGAGAUUCCUUCUAAAAGUGACGCUGAAGACUUCCGAAGACUCCUGAAUGCCAUGGAAUCUCUCAGCUUCAACAUGGAAGACCAGGAUAGCAUCUUUCGAAUUCUCUCUUCUAUCCUGCACUUGGGGAAUGUCUAUUUUGAGAAAUAUGAGACCGAAUCCCAGGAGGUGGCUUCAGUUGUGAGUGCAAGUGAGAUUCGAGUGGUGUCUGAACUACUGCAGAUAUCCCAUGAGGGUCUACAGAAAGCCAUCACAUAUAAAGUGACUGAAACAAUGAGAGAAAAGAUCUUCACUCCCCUCACGGUGGAGAGUGCUGUUGAUGCCAGAGAUGCAAUUGCCAAGAUUUUAUACUCCCUGCUCUUCAGCUGGCUGACAGAUCGAAUUAACAAGCUUGUCUACCCCAAACAAGAUGCUCUGUCCAUUGCCAUACUGGAUAUUUAUGGCUUUGAGGAUCUGAACUUUAACAGUUUUGAACAACUGUGCAUCAACUACGCAAACGAGUACCUGCAGUUCUUCUACAAUAAGAUUGUGUUUAGAGAGGAGCAGGAGGAAUACAUCCGUGAGCAGAUUGAUUGGAGGGAAAUUUCCUUUGUGGAUAAUCAGUCCUGUAUAGAUCUUAUUUCCCAGAAGCCUUAUGGAAUCCUGAGGAUCUUGGAUGACCAGAGCGGCUUCCCACAGGCCACAGACCACACCUUUCUCCAGAAGUGUCACUACCACCAUGGCACCCAUGAGCUCUACUGCAAGCCAAAGAUGCCGCUCCCUGAGUUUGGGAUCAAGCAUUUUGCUGGGAAAGUUACUUACCAGGUCCACAAAUUUUUGGAUAAAAACUAUGACCAAGUGAGACAGGACGUUCUGGAGCUUUUUGUCAGCAGUAAAGUGAAGGUGGUGGCCGACCUGUUUUUUAGCCACGCUCAGGUGUUGGCGCAGCAGAAAAGCAUGAUGGGUAAAAGCAAUACUGUGACCCGGAAGAUGAAGGCUCAAACCGUAGCCGCAAAGUUCCAGCAAUCCCUCCUGGAGCUGGUGGAGAAGAUGGAGAGGUGCAAUCCAUUUUUUAUUCGAUGCAUCAAACCUAACAGCAAAAAGGAACCUUGCCUCUUUGAACCAGACGUUGUGAUCAGUCAGCUGAAGUAUUCUGGUAUUUUAGAGACCAUCAGAAUCCGGAAAGAGGGAUUUCCAGUCCGGAUCCCUUUCCACAUCUUUCUCAGCAGGUAUCGCUGUGUCAUGGACCUCGGACGGAAUAUCCACGCUGAUGGGCCCAUAUGCGUCACUGUGUUGAGAAAGCUGUGUCCAUCUGUUCACCCCACCUCGUACUGCAUCGGAGUGAGCAAGCUCUUUAUGAAGGAGAACCUCUACCAACAGCUAGAGAGCAAACGAGACCAACUGAUGAACAAGGCGGCUAUAACCCUCCAGCGCUAUGGGCGCGGGUACCUGACCCGGAAACGCUACAGGACUCUGCGGUACAGAAUCAUUCAACUACAGGCCCUGGCCCGUGGUUACCUGGCAAGGCAGAAGUUUCACAACUGGAGAAACAGUAUGUUGAAAUUUCGAGCCCUGGUCCACAUGUACGUGAAUCGGAGGAGAUACCUGAGGAUGAAGUCCGAAGCUCGCAGGCUGGCGGAAGAAGAGCGCAGGAGGGCAGAGCAGGAGCUGACGAAGAGAGAAGUGUUUAAUGUGACUCAUCUAGAGAUUCCAGCAGAGCUGGCCGGCCUCCUCCGCACAGCGACAGCCCAGAAGAACAUCAUGAUGGAGUAUGUAACGCCUACUCACAUCCCAAGGGUGCAGGCCUUCACCCAGCUCACCCUGCCCCUGGACAUUAACAACUACCCUAUGUUCAAAUAUGUGCGAGUUUUUUUCAGGGAACCUAUGUUUGGGAUGUUAGCAAUGACACUUGGAUCUUCACUGCUGCCUGUUGAAGAUGAUCUGAAGCCACAAGCCAUUACUUCCUUCAAACUGGUGUUGAGGUUCAUGGGUGACCCGUUUCUCAACGAAGUCCAGGAGAUCUUAUUUGGCAAUUACAUCAUCCAAAAGGGAUUGUCUAAUAUGGGACUGCGGGAUGAGAUCCUUGUUCAAAUAGCCAAUCAGGUGUGGAGGAACACCAACCCAAACAACGAGGAGCGGGGCUGGUACCUACUGGCCUCUUGUCUCAGCAGCUUUGCUCCAUCCCCGAACUUGGACAAGUAUCUUCUGAAAUACGUCUCCGACUAUGCUUAUAAUGGAUAUAAGCCGAUCUGCCAACACAAGCUGAUCCUAGCAAUUCAAAAAUCUCAGCAGGGCUCCGAAACUGCGAGGACCUUCCCACCCUGUUUAAUGGAGUGGACAGCAAGCAGAGAGAGAGCCAACAUGGCCUUGGACAUUCAUUGCUUUGAUGGCGCUAAGAUGUUAUGUCCCAUCCACUCGUGGACCGAUGGCGAGGAGCUGGCAGGGGAUGUCCUUCGACACAGGGGGGUGACUGAAGGCUGGAGAGGAUGGUCGUUAUGUUUAAAGGAUGGCGGACAGUGGUCAGAACUGGCGGGCCAUGAUUAUGUCCUGGAUCUGAUCUCCAAUGUGGAAUUGCCCAGAGAAUUCCCCAAACAGAAAUCGUAUUUCAUCACUUCAGAAGCAGCGCAUGAGAACAUUGAAAGACGCAGCGCGGUGUUUGGGAACAAGUCUGAGAUGGAUGAAAACGUCCCUCCACCACCUAUGAUGAAAGCGCCAUCUCUACCACCGCAGGGGGUUCCAGAGUCAGAAGGUUAUUACAGUCAUGAUUCAGACACGUUCAGCGAGCCGCCUUCACAGAAAGGCAUGGAUCAUUACUUAGACAGCCUGUUUGAUCCCGUUCUGUCCUAUGGAAAUGGGGAUCUGGAAAAGCUGACCGCAAUGUCCCAAAAAAUGAAAGGUGGCGGAGGCGUGGGAGGCAGGGGUGGCACAGGGGUACCCGGAGAAUCCACUUUACCUGGUGAGGCAUCACACCGUACAGAGAAGAGCAUGUACACUCAGCAACAAGCUUAUAUCAACCAGCAGGCCAUGAUACUGGCCCAGCAGAUGACCAUGCAGGCCAUGGCUCUGCAGCAGCAAAUGGUCAGCAAUUCCUCUGUAGGUCCUUCCGUGUCCGGCACCCCAAAACACAGCUUCAGGACUCCAUCCAGCAGAGGCAAUUCUUACAGGGUGACACCUACAGUGGCCCCGAUGCCCAGGGAGCCAAGCCAGAGAAAUGUCGUGAAUGGAUCUUCCUACAGGACCCAAACACCCCCAACCAGAGGGAGCUCUUUCAGUCAAAGGCCGGGCCCCUCCAACCAGGUGAGGCAGGAAGAUCUCGUCCAUCACAGCGCGCUAAAUUCAGAACAUUUUUCCGAGCCAUCACACAACAUUAAGGAUAUCAUAAACCAGUACAAACUGCCGGGAGUGACCAGACCUCCACCUGUUCCAGUAAGGAAGGAGCCCCCUAAAAUUUUUGGAAGGAAAAUGGACCCACACGAGGAAGCUUUAAAUAUACUUAAAGGGCAAAUGUCUAAUCGACCACUUGCUGGACCUUCACCGGUCUCCAAUAUGUCUUAUGUCCCUAAGGCUUCUAGAGACACUGUUGCUUUGGUAAAACCCGUCCCCAGCAUCAGACAAAAGAAGCCCGCCAGCCUACCGCCGGUCAGCGCCGUCAGACCCACCACAGCCCCUGCAGUGUCAGUGUCACGGGAGCUGUCAGAGGAGCAAGAAAAUAUCCAGACACAGUUGCACCGGCAGUACAGCGAGGAGUUUUACACCUACAGAAACGUGUCCUGGAGGAUCUACAUCAGGAAAGAGGUUUUCUACCCCAGAGACAGCAUCAACAACCCACUAAUCCUGGACCUCAUCUUCAAGCAGAUCAUUAACGACACCUUGUCCGAGAGCUGCAUCAGGAUCAACCAGGAGGAGAGACAGAAAAUGAGAUCUCUCUUAGCGGAGUACAGGGUGGAUUCAGCCAACGCCAUUGCAGAUGACAUAGUAAAAAAAAAGGUGGUGUCCGCUGCCCGGGAGGAGUGGGAAGUGUAUUUCUCAAGGCUUUUCCCGGCUGCUGGCAGUGUCGGCACCGGUGUGCAGAUUCUCGGGGUUUCUCAUAUUGGAAUAAAGCUCCUGAAGAUGCUGAAGAGCGGAGGCAACACCCCGGAACAGCUGCGAGUCCUGAGGAGUUACAGUUACACGGAUAUCAUGUUUGUCACCGUACUUUCUAAGAACAUGCUGGAGUUUAACAUGACCAAUGAGAAGCUUAUCCUGUUCUCGUCGCGGUCCAGUCAGGUGAAGGGCCUGGUAGAUUGCUUCUUAAUGGAACUCAAGAAGGAUUCUAACUAUGUUGUUGCUGUGCAAAAUUAUGUAACCGAAGGCAAAAGUUCCCUGAGCUUCCAUAAAGGAGACAUCAUUCGACUGCAGCCUAUGGAAGGACUGCAGCAAGGCCAAAGCUAUGGCUGUGUCGUUAGAAAGAAGGUGAUGUAUUUGGAGGAGCUGAAACGUGGCACUCAGGAUUUCGGCUGGAAAUUUGGGGCCCUUCACGGCCGGUCGGGAUUGUUUCCGGCUCAGUGUGUCCAGCCAGUAGCCGCUCCAGAUUUUGUGAACCUACCAGCGGAUAGAAAAGAGGAGCCAAGAAAUCGCUAUAGUCGAGCGGCUGCAUCUGCGGCAGUGGCUGUAGCCGUGGCUUCGACUGCCGUGGCUCAUGAAUUUGACAAAAAGAUGGAUGGAUCGCCUACCCCGAGCGAAUAUGCCGAAAGUUUGGAUGAAUAUACAGAGGUGGACACCUCGGAGAUUGUGCUACAGGGAAGCUCGUAUAACAUGGUGGAAUUUGCCAAAAAGUAUUUCCGAGAGGGUCAGAGGAUGUUGGUGCAAGAAGAGGCGGCUAAGACGCCAGGUGAAUCUUCUAAACAAGGAUCAAAGAAAAGCCAAGAGCUCAGGGACCCGGCCGACAUGGUGAAAUUUACCAAGAACCCCAUACAGGAGUCACUUAUAGAGUUCAGUGACAGCAGCAUCAACAGAAUCGCCUCUGAACUUUUCCUAGCUGUGAUGAGGUUUAUGGGCGAUGCUCCGAUGAAGAGUCAGUCUGAGCUGGACGUGGUGGUCACAGUCCUGAAGCUGUGCGGCGACCAUGAAGUCUUGAAGGACGAAGGAUACUGUCAAAUCAUCAAACAGAUAACAGACAACUCCAGCACAAAGACGGACAGUUGUCAGAGAGGAUGGCGGCUCCUGUACAUCCUCACCGCCUAUCACAGAUGCUCUGAAGUCCUCAAGCCAUAUCUGUUCAAGUUCCUUCAGGACACGUGCCGAAGUCCAGGCCUGCACUUCCAAGGGAUCGCAAAAGCCUGUGAGCAAAACCUACGUAAAACCCUGCAGUAUGGAGGGCGAUCGGAACACCCCAGUGCAAUGGAGCUAAAAGCCAUGGUGGCCGGGAGAAGCUCCAAGAGGCAGCUCUUCCUUCUGCCCGGAGGAAUUGAGCGACAUCUCAAGAUAAAGACUUGUUCUGUGGCGUUCGAUGUCAUAGAGGAGAUCUGCACAGAGAUGGGGGUGCACAGGGACGAGGCGUAUAACGAAUAUGCCAUCUUUGCUGUGACUAAUAGGGGUCAAAAUGUGAGGCCCAUUAACAGGAAGGAGUACAUCCUGGACGUGUCUGCAGAGAUGGAGCAGAUUGACACCAACUACAUGUUUUGGUUCAGACGCGUCAUCUGGGCGCAACCACUCAAGUUUGAGAACGAGUUAUAUGUGACCAUGCACUACAACCAGGUGUUGCCGGAUUAUUUGAAGGGACUAUUUAAUGUCUUUUCUCAUGCUAAACCCACUGAGCAGCAGUUUCAGCAGAUCUCGAGACUGGCAGCUCUGCAGCAUCGUGCCAAGGACAGCGUCUACCUGCCUACUGCUCGGGAGGUGCAGGACUACAUCCCCAGUCAGUACUACAAGGUGGUAAAGCCUCAGUCUUGGCUGAACAUGGUGAUGCAGCACAUGCAACAGAUCCAGCCCCUCAGCCCUCACCAGGGGAGGGCGCAGUUCUUAGGCCUGGUCAGUGCAUUCCCCAUGUUUGGCUCAUCCUUCUUCUACAUCCAGAGCUGCAGCAACAACAUGGUCAUCUCUCCGUGUAUCCUGGCCAUCAAUCAGAAUGGACUGAACUUCCUCAACAAAGAGACCCACGAGCUGAUGGUGACGUUCCCCAUGAAGGACAUCCAGAGCACUAGGACCCAGCGCCCUGCGCCAGGAUUCAGCUACCCUUAUGUUGACAUCAUGCUGGGUGAUAUGAUGUCACAGCGGGUAACACAACUGCAGCUGGAGCAGGGUUUGGAGUUGUGCAGGGUGGUCGCUGUUCACAUGGAAAACCUCCUUCUGAGUCGCGAUAAGCGGCUAACGCUCCCUCCCAGCGAGAUCACUCUGCUCUGAUCGUCGCCGUGAUGGCCGCAACGGUUUCACUCUGCACUUUAAAAACUUGGAAGAUUUGUAUACGUGUAUGAACCUCACGCAUGGUGCUAGAUGUAAUCACAGCAAGGCUAUGCUCAGUAUAGGGGCAGCCGCUAUGGGGCCCAUAGAUAGAAGGGCCCCAGUUCAGGUUGGUUCCAUGCCCUAUGGAUGAUUUUAUAGGCACCACCAUGUUACGUUGUGAUCACUGGAGAUGAUGGGGAUCCCACCUUUAUUGAGUUCAAUGAUAAAAUUCUGUCUCCCUGCAGCCACCACUAGAGGGCGCUCACUACAUCCUGAUUAAAAGGGUUUUCCCAGGACUUUUUUAAAAAUCAUUAUCUGAUUGGUAAGGGUCCCACACCCAGGACCUCCGCCGAUCAGCUAUUUGAGAAGGCACCGGCGGUACCGCCGCAGCCUUCUCUCAGCUUGCCAAGCACAGCGCCGUACAUUGUAUAACGGCUCUGCUUGGUAUCGCGCUCAGCCCCAUUCACUUCAAUGAGAUUGAGCUGCACCUAGGUCAUGUGACCGAUGAAUAUGACAUCACAUUGACUGGGCAAAGCGGCAAGAAGGCUGCGGCUCAAACAGCUGAUCGAUGGGGGUGCUGGGUGUCACCCAGCACCCACUGAUCAUCACUUAAAGGGAACCUGUCAGCGGGAUUUUGUGCAAAGA